AUGGAAGACACCCUGCCCUGUGGCGGGUGGGACUGCGACUGUACCUUUAACCGCCUGCGCGGGUGCUGUUGCGCAGCCAACGACUUGUUCCGAGUCGAGGACGAAACCUUCAGGAGGCUGGCGUCUUUGGGGGACGGUAUCACCAUGCUCAGGGGCAGAGUGGGCGCUUUAACCGCUGGCAUUAAGAUUGCCUUCAAAGCCGGUAUAGACCCAUAUCUGUUAACGACUUCUGAUGAAAAAUGCUUUGGGCCUUUCAACACCAAUGUACCGAUCCCUUACACUCUUGUGACUCUGAAUGAGGGCAAUGGAUACAACCCUUCCCUGGGCGUCUUCACAGCGCCACAUGCCGGAGUUUAUGUCUUCUCCUGCACUGUCUACUCAGCGGUCAACUUGAACCAGCGCCUGUACCACAAAGUUGUGAUGGUGAAGAAUGGCGAGGUGCUGACCAGCGUGUGGGAGGACAAUCGAGAAGACGGAGAAGACAGCGGCAGUCAUACGCUUACUGUGGAGAUGCAGAGAGGCGAUCAGGUGUACAUGGAGCUGGAGUCCGGAAGAAAACUCUGUACAAAUCUAUACUCUAAUGUCUUUACUGGUUACAUGCUGUAUGCUUACACAGAUGAGUAA